GAUUUUAUUUAUGUUAUUUAUUUGACAGAAAGAGAGAGAGUGCACAAGCAGGGGGAGUGGCAGAGCUCCCCACUAAGCAGGGAGUCCUGGGAUCAUGACCUGAGCUGAAGACAGAUGCUUAAUCGACUGAGCUCCCCAGGCACCCCUCUUUUUUUUUUUUUUUUUUUUAAGAUUUUAUUUGUUUAUUUGAGAGAGAGAGAUCACGAGCAGUGGGGAGGGUAGAGGGAGACGCAGACUGCCCACCAAGCAGGGAGCCCAAUGCGGGACUCAAUCUGUGGAUGCUGGGAUCAUGACCUGAGCCGAAGGCAGAUGAUUAACCUACUGAACCACCCAGGUGCCCUUUUCUCUCCCUUUUUUAAACAUAAACUCUGCUUCCAGUUUGGGGCUCGAACUCACAACCCAGAGAUUAAGAGCCGCGUGCUCUACAGACUGAGUCAGCCAGGUGCCCCGGUUUUAUCCUUUUUCAAUGGGAGAGAGGAAGAGCUCUUGAGAACCUGGUCUGUGCUGCUGCUUUAUAUUCAUUGUUCACCAAUUUUAGAUUUCCCCAACAGGUGGGGUGCUUUUAUUUCCCUUUUAUCAUUUGAGGAACCUGAGAUUCAGGUUGGUCAUGUGCUGACAGCCGCAGCGGUGAGGUCUGGUGUGGUGGUCAGGAUGGCAGAAGAGCAGGAGUUCACUCAGCUGUGCAAGUUGCCUGUGCAGCCCUCACACCCGCAUUGUGUCAACAACACCUACCGGAGUGCACAGCACUCCCAGGCCUUGCUCCGGGGGCUGCUGGCUCUCCGGGACAGUGGCAUCCUCUUUGAUGUUGUCCUGGUGGUGGAAGGGAGACAUAUUGAGGCCCAUCGAAUCCUCCUGGCUGCAUCCUGUGAUUACUUCAGAGGGAUGUUUGCUGGGGGAUUGAAGGAGAUGGAGCAGGAAGAGGUGCUGAUCCACGGCGUGUCCUACAAUGCCAUGUGCCAAAUCCUGCAUUUCAUUUAUACCUCUGAGCUGGAGCUCAGCCUGAGCAAUGUCCAGGAGACGCUGGUCGCCGCCUGCCAGCUGCAGAUCCCAGAGAUCAUCCAUUUCUGCUGUGAUUUCCUCAUGUCCUGGGUAGACGAAGAGAACAUCCUUGAUGUCUACCGGCUGGCGGAGCUGUUUGACUUGAGCCGUCUGACUGAGCAGCUGGACACCUACAUCCUCAAAAACUUUGUGGCCUUCUCUCGGACUGACAAGUACCGCCAGCUUCCCCUGGAGAAGGUCUACUCCCUCCUCAGCAGCAACCGCCUGGAGGUCUCCUGCGAGACUGAAGUGUAUGAGGGCGCCCUGCUCUACCAUUACACCCUGGAGCAGGUGCAGGCCGACCAGAUCUCACUGCACGAGCCCCCCAAGCUCCUGGAGACAGUGCGCUUUCCCCUGAUGGAAGCUGAGGUCCUCCAGCGGCUGCACGACAAGCUGGACCCCAGCCCGCUGAGGGACACGGUGGCCGGCGCGCUCAUGUACCACCGCAACGAGAGCCUGCAGCCCAGCCUGCAGGGCCCUCAGACAGAGCUGCGCUCGGACUUCCAGUGCGUCGUGGGUUUCGGGGGCAUUCACUCCACGCCAUCCACUGUCCUCAGCGACCAGGCCAAGUACCUGAACCCCCUGCUGGGAGAGUGGAAGCACUUCACCGCCUCCCUGGCCCCCCGCAUGUCCAACCAGGGCAUCGCGGUGCUCAACAACUUUGUGUACCUGAUCGGAGGGGACAACAAUGUCCAGGGCUUCCGCGCCGAGUCCCGGUGCUGGAGGUAUGACCCAAGGCACAACCGCUGGUUCCAGAUCCAGUCGCUGCAGCAGGAACAUGCCGACCUGUGUGUGUGUGUGGUGGGCAGGUACAUCUAUGCGGUGGCGGGCCGCGACUACCAUAAUGAUCUGAGUGCUGUGGAGCGUUACGAUCCCGCCACCAACUCCUGGGCUUACGUGGCUCCGCUCAAGAGGGAGGUGUAUGCCCAUGCGGGUGCCACGCUGGAGGGGAAGAUGUACAUCACGUGCGGCCGCAGGGGGGACGACUACCUGAAGGAGACGCACUGCUAUGACCCCGACAGCAACACCUGGCACAGCCUGGCUGAUGGGCCUGUGCGGCGGGCCUGGCACGGCAUGGCCACGCUCCUGGACAAGUUGUACGUGAUUGGGGGCAGCAAUAAUGAUGCUGGCUACCGGAGGGAUGUGCACCAGGUGGCCUGCUACAGCUGCACGUCUGGGCAGUGGUCAUCUGUCUGCCCGCUCCCAGCCGGGCAUGGCGAGCCUGGCAUUGCUGUGCUGGACACCAGGAUCUAUGUGCUGGGUGGCCGCUCGCACAACCGGGGCAGCCGCAUGGGCUACGUGCACAUCUACGACGUGGAGAAGGACUGCUGGGAGGAGGGGCCGCAGCUCGACAACUCCAUCUCUGGCCUGGCAGCCUGCGUACUCACUCUGCCUCGCUCCCUGCUCCUCGAGCCGCCUCGUGGGACCCCCGACCGCAGCCAGGCCGACCCGGACUUUGCCUCCGAGGUGAUGAGCGUGUCUGACUGGGAGGAGUUUGACAACUCGAGCGAGGACUAGGGCUCCCGUACCUGGUGUCCGAAGGGAAGGUGGCAGGAGCUCCGAGAGCAUCUGGGGCCUCCCAGCGGCCCCUCCUGCUGGCUCUGCGUGCUUGCUGGCUCCUGCUACCCAUCCUUCCUGCCAGUCUACAGCAGUUAUUUGUGGAGCUCCGCAGAUCCGUGGCUGUGAUCGCCCUACCAUGGGAAUGCUUGUGGAGGGCUCUGGUUCUCUGGAGAGUUUACCGAGCCCGCUCCUCCUCAGCUUGGACGAGGCAUGGCGUCACCAGCUGUCUUGGACUCCCCAGUGCCUCCCUGCUGGGCUGAGAGGGCACCCUUCUCCAAAGGGACCUGGGGACUGGCCCUGUGGGUGAGGCGGCCGAGGCACACCGUACCCCCUUCCGUGGGCAGGGAGGUGGUGGAGUGAGCCUGUCGCCUGCCUAGCAUUCAGAGGCUUGAGCUACUGCAAGCUCCCAAGGCCUGGAAAGGGAAAGGAGAUACAUAGAGUUGCCCAAGACUGGUUCAGUAAUAAAAAGAUCUCCUGCAGCUGGGCUUUUCUGACCCCAUGUUGUUGAUAAAUGAAAUAAAUCAUCUUACAAAAGGUG